GGAAUUUCUUCUUCUCCUUCUACGUUUUCCUUUCACUUUCUCUUCCUUUCCAUCACUUUCUCUUAUUUCCCCUUCGCAUUUUACCUGCGAUAAAGACCACAGAAAAUCACGGUUCCAUCCACGCUAAUGGAGGAAAAGCACGCAGCAGCCUCGGAAUCCGCGCACGCCGAAUCUAACGGUAUCUCUAAUGGCUCCGACCACGGUUGGCAGAAGGUGACCUACGCUAAGAAACAGAAGAAGAAGACCAACAACACCGCCAACGGCUCCGAUUCUCGAGCUAAUUCCAACAAGCUCGUUCCAAACGGGACUUUGUCCGGCUCCGAUGCCAUUUUCCUGUCACUGGAACUGCAAUCGGAGGAUCGCCGCCGCAAAAUUCUGGAGGCGCGGAAGGCAGCCGAUGCCGCAUACGACGACGAUGUCGCGCCGGGCAGAUCAAAGCAGCGGUCUCGAAAUGACGAAGAAGAUGACGAAGACGACGAGAAUGUGGAGCAUUCCACGGAGAACGGGAAGGCGGAGGAGAAAAAGGUGAAGCAGAAGAAGCCAAAAAAGCCUAAGGUUACGGUGGCCGAGGCGGCGGCGAAGAUCGACGCUGCUGAUCUGGGCGCUUUCCUCGUUGAUAUAUCGGCAUCGUUCGAGACGCAGCAGGACAUAUUGAUGAUGCGGUUCGCUGAUUAUUUUGGACGUGCUUUUUCUGCCGUGGCCGCAUCUCAGUUUCCCUGGGUGAAGUUGUUCAGGGAGUCACCUGUUGCUAAGAUCACCGAUAUGCCACUUUCUCACAUAUCUGAAGCUGUAUAUAAAACAUCGGUUGACUGGAUCAACCACCGGUCUCCUGAGGCACUUAGUUCCUUUCUGCUUUGGUCUUUAGAUAGCAUUCUUUCUGACUUGGGUAGCCAGCAAACUGCGGCAAAGGGUUCCAAAAAAGCUGUGCAGCAAGUUUCUUCAAAAUCUCAGGUUGCCAUGUUUGUUGUUUUAGCAAUGGUAUUGCGCCGAAAGCCAGAUGCUCUAAUAACUGUGUUGCCCACAUUGAGGGAGAACACAAAGUAUCAAGGGCAAGAUAAGCUUCCAGUGAUUGUAUGGAUGAUAGCUCAGGCCUCUGUAGGGGAUCUCUCAGUAGGUUUGUAUGCUUGGGCACGGAAUCUCCUACCCAUAGUGAUUGGCAAAAGUGGUAACCCCCAAUCCAGGGAUUUGGUUUUGCAGCUGGUGGAAAAAAUUUUGUCUACCCCAAAAGCACGGCCUGUUUUAGUAAAUAGUGCUGUGAGAAAAGGGGAACGAUUAAUUCCUCCUUCUGCAUUUGAAAUUUUGCUCUGGGUUACUUUCCCUCCAUCUUCGACUAGAGUAAAGGCUACCGAAAGAUUUGAGGCCGUGUAUGCCACUCUGAAAGAGGUGGCUCUUGGAGGUUCUACUGGAAGUAAAGCAAUGAAACAAGUUUCACUGCAGAUAUUCAAUUUUGCUAUCAAAGCAGCUGGAGAAAACAAUCCCGAGUUAUCUAAAGAAGCAGCUGGUAUUUUAAUUUGGUGUUUGAGUCAAAACACAGAAUGCUACAAGCAAUGGGAAAAAGUUUAUCAAGACAACAUUGAAGCAAGUGUUUCAGCUCUGAAGAAGCUUUCCGAUGAUUGGAAGGAGCUAUCAACAAAAUUGUCUCCUUAUGAGUCACUGAGGGAUACCUUGAAAAAUUUUAAGCAAAAGAAUGAGAAAGUAUUGGCUUCCGAGACUGAUGCUGCUCGUCACGCAUACUUCAAGGAUGCGGAUAAAUAUUGCAAGAUAAUCCUAGGAAGAGUCUCACGAAGCCAUGGAUGCACGUCUUGUUUAACCUUAACAGUUCUUGCUUUGGCUGUGGGUGCUGCCGUUCUUUUGUCCCCCGGUAUGGAAUCUUUGGAUUUUAAGAAGCUCUCCGAAGUUUUCAACUCUCAGUACUGAAUACUUGAGAAUAUUCCGCAUUACUAGCAGUUGGUUGCUUCAAACAAUUUUUGUUUCAGCCCCACUCAUUCACAAUGGGCACAGUGAACCAAUAGCCUCAUAAUAAAGUGCUAAAUGCGGAGAUUGUACACUUAGUUCAAAUCAAAUCAUGUUCAGGCAACAAAGGAUAGCCGAGGUCAACAAUGGUUUGAGGUUUACUUUAGUUAGACUAUUUUAUAAUUUAUUUGUUCUUGUGUUUGUUGAGUCUUACUUUUAGUUAUUUAUGCCUUUAUAUUAAGUACGCUGGCAAAAUGCCAAUGAGGUAACUACAGCUGUAUCCUGAAGUUAAUGUAGUUGUAUCAGAGGAAUUUUCGUGGUGCAUUGCGAAUUAUUUUUUCUA